GGCCAAAGGGUCGUGGUGCAACCGUUCAGAUACCUGCAAAAGCUACACAGCAAGGAAACAAAGUGAGUGAAAGACAGAGAGAGGAGGAUAUAUCGUGAAGGCGAAAUGGAGAUAGAAGAAGUGAACACCUCUUCAUCAGCACUGCCACUCCUGUCUCUGAACCAUGUCUCUUUACUGUGCAGAUCGGUGAGCAAUUCCGUGAGGUUUUACGAGCAGGUCUUGGGCUUCGUUUCCAUCAAACGUCCCUCAUCUUUCAAUUUCCACGGAGCUUGGUUGUUCAAUUAUGGAGUUGGAAUACACCUGCUUGAGAACACCUCAGAGAACGCAAAUGUCCCGAAUCAAUCACGACCCAUCAAUCCGAAAGAUAACCACAUCUCCUUCCAAUGCACCGACGUCGGGAUCGUUAAAAUGAAAUUGCAAGAGAUGGGAAUGAAGUACGUGACCGCGUUGGUGGAGGAAGAAGGGAACAAAGUGGAUCAGGUGUUCUUCCAUGAUCCAGAUGGAUACAUGAUUGAGAUCUGCAACUGCGAGAACAUCCCUGUGGUUCCUCUCUCUGCUUGCCCACUCCGAGUUUGUAAGACCAAGGAGGUAACUUCCAUUACUUUUCCUCUUCCUUCCCCAUACGCUGAGUAUAAUCCAGGUGACAUCACCUGGAAGAGCGCUGUGGCUCGGUGCGGAAUGAUGGAGCGUGCUAUGAUGAUGAGCUUGAGCAAGGAGAUGAUGAACUUCUCGUUCUGAUUUAAGUUGUCAACAGUUUUAAGAGUUAAGAGCACUGUCAAUUCCUGUUGCAAUUAUAGUGAAUUAUGGGUCGUGUUUGUGGUCUGGUCUUAAUUUGAUAAUUUUCAUGUUCGGUUGCAGCUCUUAAGUUUAAUUGUAUGUGUUUGACUAUUGUAAAGAAUAAAUUAAAUAUUGAAUUGUUUUCGUCAA